CAUAUAUAUUAGAUUACUUCUACAUGUGACAAAGACAGCCAUGUUGCUGGAAAGACGGUGAGCUGAAUGCUCAGAAUGCCUGUCACCUUUCCACUAGUUACUUUCCUACAGUCACAACGCAGUCAGCCUCCUGUGGACCGCCUCACCACCAUGAAGCCUCCAGCAGGCCUUCUCUCUCUGUCUGUGUGUGUUAGCAUGCUUUCUUCUUCUCCUCUACCUCAUCUAAACCCUGCUGGUGAUCCAGGCUGCUUCAAGGUCAACAGCUGCAAAUGCAUCAUGAAGGAUGGCAGUGGAGUGAUAAACCUGAGAGGCAUGGGAGAUGCAGAUGGUUUCUUGGGGCAUUUGAUGGCCGUCCCAGUGGACAGCAAGUCCCUGGAAACGGAGAGCCUGUUUUCCUUCAGUCCCUGCCAGGACUUCUCCCAGCCAGAGGACCUGGACCUGGACCUGGACCUUCCAGGAGCCGCCUGCUCCAGUGUUGCUGCCUGCCUCAUCAUCAGGUCCCCGGGGGCCAGGGGCCACAUCAGCCGCUAUGUGAACUAUGGGAUGCACGAGGGCAACGAGUUCCACUACAACCAGACUCUGAAGACGCUGACUGUGUUUUACUUUGCUCACAGGGAACAGCCAAUGACUGCAGCCCAUUACCACUGCAGUCCCAACCAGUCCACAUCCUCCCUCCGAGUCCAGAGCCUCAGCAGCCAGGGCCCCCUGCACAUCUGGGUGGAGAGCCCCUGUGCUUGUCCAAACGCCUGCGCUGUGGGGGACCUGGGUCUGGGCACCAUCUUCAUCAUCAUCCUCUCACUCUGCGCAGCAGCAUACUUCAUCCUUGGUUCCUGCGCUCUCCGACCGUUCCAGAGCAGCAGCGGGAUGCAGAUCUCUCCAGAGCGCAGCGUGUGGUGCAUGAUCUGCUACUUCUGCAGUGAGACACGACCAACACCACGCUCUCAGUCGACUCUGCGCCUGGGCUGA